AUGGUCCCGGCAAUCCUCAAGCCGGCUAUAUACAUCCUCAUGCGGCAGCUCUGCAAAGGCAGAAUGAGCUCCGAUCAUGCUAGGUUUUUGGCGGUUCUGGCGACGUUUAACUUCUCCGGCGUGGCUCACGAGAUGUUCUUCUUCACUUUACCCCUUGAGAUUCCUACAAGAGAGUCACUUGGUUUUUCGUGCUACAUGGAGUUUGCACUGCCGCGGAAGUAG